AUCCGGGUCCAAUUCAUCCGAUCUACCAUCUCCUCGUCUCUCAGCCAGACGGUCGCACGCUAGAUUGCUCUCUCCGCUUCCAUCUCCUCUUCUCCCCUUAGUCGGACACAGUCUACACCACGCCGUUCGUCUAAUGUGCUGAGCUUUGAUCUUGUGAAGGAAAGAUGGUGAAACUGACCAUGAUUGCCCGUGUGACCGAUGGCCUCCUUUUAGUCGAGGGAUUGGAUGAUGGGCGUGAUGUACCGGAAGUGGACAGGUACAAACAGCAGGUCAAAAGUUUGUUCAAGAACCUUUCACGCGGCAAUAAUGGUCCUUCUAGAAUGUCCAUUGAGACUGGCCCUUACAUAUUCCAUUAUAUAAUUGAAGGACGUGUUUGUUACUUAACAAUGUGCGAGCGUUCUUAUCCUAAGAAGCUUGCCUUUCAAUAUCUGGAAGACCUUAAGAAUGAAUUUGAGACGGUCAAUGGGAAUCAAAUUGAAACUGCUGCUAGACCUUACGCUUUUAUUAAAUUUGAUGCAUUUAUUCAAAAGACAAAGAAACUUUAUCAGGACACAAGAACACAGCGCAACAUCACAAAGUUGAAUGAUGAACUUUAUGAAGUUCAUCAAAUAAUGACUCGGAAUGUACAAGAGGUUCUUGGUGUUGGUGAAAAGUUGGACCAGGUUAGUGAAAUGUCCAGCCGCUUAACAUCAGAAUCUCGCAUUUAUGCCGAUAAAGCAAAAGAUUUGAAUCGUCAGGCUUUAAUUCGGAAAUGGGCCCCAGUAGCUGUUGUCCUUGGAGUUGUUUUCCUCCUACUCUGGGUGAGAAAGAAGCUUUGGUGAUUCGGAUGUGAACAUCUCUGUCUAACACACAAAUGACAUAAGAUAAUCAAGAAUCGGUUUUGGCUAUCAUCUGUCACUCUCGGAUCAGGUCUCCCAAUCAUCACAAUUUGCAAUUGGUUCCCUCAGAGAUAUAUGACGUUCGCUGAACAUUAUUUGUACGGCAUCUCAUUACAAGAGACUGAUUUUCUAAAUAUCAGAGAAUCUAGAGAUUAUGUUAUUCCUCCAUAUAUGAUGUAAAACAGAGUAACUACAAGAAUGAUGGCCAAUUUAGCCUAUCUAUGUUAUUUUUUUAAAGUACAUUUUGUAUUUUACUAGUUCUCUGUCCUUCCCAACUGCACUUUUAUUCUCUUGAUUCACCCCACUGAUAACAUAGUUAUGAUGCAUUUUCAAUAAUACGUUGGUGUAUGUAGUUGGGAGUGGUUGACUGGAUGUUCCUCACUGUAAUUUUGAAAAUUUGAUGGAAAUUGCCUGCUUAUGCAACUUUUCGUCAC